AUGUCCCAAAGUCGAAGGUGUGUUCUAAGCCGUUUACAUUUUUCGGACUAAUUUUUGGGGAUCAUUACUUCCUUUUAGUUGGGUUUCUGUUAUGCUUUUUUAAAAAUUGGAACUAUACAAUCAUUCCUAGUAUAAUAAAACUUAGCAGUUAAAAAAUGUUCUGUUCGAAAUAUUGGGCAUGUCACUGAAAUAUUCCAUUAAACGCCCCGUCUUAUCUUGUGCGGUGCUCGGGCUUUACAUGGAACCGCAGCAUUUCCAGUCCGGAGCCUAGCAAUUCAGGGUUAUCAGUUUAUCAUUACUUCUCCUGCCGCUAUAAGAAAGUGAGCAAACAGAAUAAUUUACUUAAAGGAAGGCGUCGUGCAUCGGCAAGGCUACACUACUUUCUAAAUGCAAUCAUAAGUAGGUGAUGAUGGAGACACGACUCUGGGGACACGAACUCUAGUCGUCUGAUUUUUCGGAUGCAACCUCUAAAACAUCAUCAGAAGUGGCGACAGCGCAACUCAGUAUUGUCUUCUUCGGCCAGCUGUACGAGUAGAGUAGGUUGAAUAAUGAAAUGUUAUUAAGCAAGGAUUGCUCCAUGGGGUUAGACAGAUUGGUUUGCGCGGUCUACGGACAGCUCAGACCGCUCGGCAGCUUCAUCACGACGAUUGUCAAUCUCACAUAGUCUCAUAGAUUGUAUAGGUGAACAUCCAUACAGUAGAUAAGCUAAUUAGUGAAAUUGCAACAGGAAUUCCGAAAUGCGUACUCGUUUCAAAAAGAUUAAUUAAGUAGGGUUAUGAAACUGAUAAUCAUGCAGUAUAAUUCUAUAAUGAUCGAGUUACCACGGGAUUUCGGCUUUCAAAUGAACUUAUGCUCGACUGCAUGCAAGAUCAAUACUCUGUAAAAAUGACUUCUUAGUUAAUAUGCAAUUUUCUUGUUGAUUUUCAAAGCCCCUUAAAGUCUAAAGUCUAAUUAUAGUUAAUGGAAAACAUAUAUGAAAAUAUUCAUCUUUUGCUCAUGCUGUAGCAAAUUACGUCUUCCUUCAAAUUUAUGCUCAAAAGAAGAGUAUAAUUCGAUUUCAAAAAGUUUCUAACUGUCGGAUUUUUUAAUACCGUGAAUGGUCGUUCAUGAAACGUCAUGUAUCUGUAGUUACGAGUGUGGCUUGUAAAGUUGCCAAUGUUGCUCAAAUUCACUGUCUAAAUUUAUGAAUCCCAUAUGGUUUCCCCUUAAUACCGUAGAAAAAUGCAUGGUUUUCCCCAUACGGAAAAUAUACGGCUUGUAGUUUUGAAACCCUGAAUGCAAGUGUAACAGCAGGUCGGGUUUAAGAUAAUUCGGGAAUUAGAGAAAUUUUUUAAAGGCCAAAUUUUACUCUUCUUUGGAGUAUAAAAUCGAAGGAAGGCGUGAUUUAAUACCGAAUGAAUAAAAGAAUAAAUAGUUCUAUGCGUUUUCCAUGAAAUAUAAUUAAAUUUUCAAGGGCAUCGAAAAUCAAUGAGAAAUUUUAAUGUUACUUAAGUAGUCAUUUAUGCAGAGUGUUGUUCUUGCAUGCAAUCGAACAUAAGUUAAUUCGAAAGCCGACACCAGGCGGUAGUUGGGUCAUUAUAGAAUUAUGCAGCAUGAUGUUUACUUUUACACUAUUACUUAAUUAAUAUUUUCGAAACGAGAACGUAUUUUUAAAUUUCGGUUGACAUUUUAUGAGUUAGCCCACGUACUGCAUAUAUGGGAAUUACAGUUCGUUCCAUUAGUCAGCCAUCAAAUUUAAUCAGUUAGAGGGAGAGCUUGAACGAUUAAAAACUUCGUAACAGUGUAAUUUAGAUCCACUUGAUUAUACCAAGGCAAAAAUUAAGCGAGUAACUAGAAGAAAGGCAAAAGGAUUUUAACUAAAGAGCACAUUAGCAACGCCCUCUUUAGCUAAGACAACACAGCCAGAACGAGGAAUGAAAAGAGGAUUCGAGAAUGGCCAGUAUUAAAACCAGAAAAUUCUAGGAAAUAUAAAGGAGGCUACAUAAGUCACUGGAAAUGGGCAGCUGCUUCCUAGUGAUAUUUCCCCUACACCUGGAUGAGAGACCUCGACAGCCGUCUCGUCCAUAAGAGUUAAUGCCGAGAGUCCUCAAGCCUUUAUCAACACCCAGAAAAAAUUCGAUUUUAAUAAACCCAGCCUUAAUUUCGGAUUCUCACUCGAACCCAUCAUCAAAGACAGUCACAGAUAAGGAUAAUGGUGGCACAGGGAGCGCAGAAUUUAUAGCACGUGGCUGCUGUUGGACCAUAUGCGUACUGUAACUAACAGCCAGCACAAUCACCGCUGGGAUUUUAUGCAAUCGUGGCUUGUCAGUCAGCGUCCGAAUCGUCAAUCACAGCAGUUGCAUAAGGCGCUAUACCGGCGUAUUGAGAUGAAAUGGAAGACAACGUUGUUGAAUUACAAUAAUUCCGACGGGUGCUGAGAGCUAAUGGUUACCCGCGCAACCUUGUCAACUACGGCGUACCCGAACGGCACCAGAGACCAAAUCCAACCGGCCCAAAAUGUUGGCGUGCCUUCCGUACGUGAAGAACGUCUCGGAAGCCGUCAGUCGUUUUCUCACUUCACGUGGAGUUGGGGUUGCACACAGACCGGAAACAAACGUCAGUCGGCAAAUCUUGAGGCCGGAAGAUACAGUGCCACGGUAGGAUACGUCUGGAGUCGUUUACCGGAUCUGGUGCAGUUGCGGACUAACCAACUAUAUCGGAGAAACUGGGAGAUCACUCCCUACGCGCAACGUCGUGCACGCAGCAGCAGUGAGGAUGGUAGACGCUAGCUCUGAGGUGGCGGCUCAUUUAACGGGACCCGGCCAUAUUUUCAAGUUAAAUGAGGCCGAAAUCCUCGCAAGAGUGACAACCGCGUGAGCCACGACCUACUCGAAUCAUGCUUCUCAGGCACGCAAUCCAUCAACAAGCGCAAUGACCUCCUGUUACCGUAUCCCGUGCUGCGAUCUUCCCUGGGCAGGGGAAUCAGUCACGUGGGGCGCGGUUGAGCAAUUAUCCCAAUGGCAGUGAGCCAGUCUGCCGAGCAAUUGUCACAUCAGCAUCUAACACGGAUGACGAAAUCCCGGUAAUUAAAUAUUCGGACACGGGCUGGCAAGCCCCCAUCGCAUCAAUUACGACCUCAGUGGUGAAUGCGACAGCUGUUAGUUACAAUGCGCAUAUGGUCCCAUGGCAGCCACGUGCUAUAAAUACUGCAUUCCCUGUGCCACCAUUACCCCUAUCUGCGACUGUCUCUGAUGAUGGGUUCGAGUGAGAAUCCGAAACGUCAGGCCAAUAAUUCUCUUGUUCCAUUGAUCGCAUCUUCGUUUUCUGAACGGCUACCUGGAACUCGCCUGUUCGUUUCUAUUCAGGGUCUCUCUGCAUCAGACAUCAACACCCUUGAGGAGCGGUUUCCGGAAGGUCAAACGUUCUCCAAAGGUCAACCUAAUAAUAUUAUAGGAGUCACUAGGACAAUUUAAGUGCUUAAAGCCCUGCGUCGCGGACAUGCACUUAGUCAGAAUCAGCAUGCCUCCGACCUCUCAAAAGUGUGAUGGACUGCAGGAACCAAACCUAUCUAAUGCUCUUCGGGUAUUUUAGUAUAAAAGGUUCCAACCCCGCGUUCUUUCAAUCGGACUACUCGCCACCGGAACGGCUGAAACGUUGUCAACUUGUUCUCGAAAUUAUGAAGAGGCUCAUAGAGAGAGGACGUAAUUUAAUCAUCUGCAACAACCAAGACGGGCAUUACACAUCAUUUUUCUAUUGCACUGAUCCUUUCUGCAUGACCUCGCAGCCGAAACAAUGGAAAAAGUUUCGAGCAUACGAAUGCGCAAAACAUAUUAUCAAAACUUGACGGGCUGAGCUAUCUCCAGGUGUAAUCUCGCCGACAGAAACAUGGUUGCCACAACUCGUGUAUGACCUUGAAUUGGCUAGAUCAGUAUGCCUGCUCUUUAGAAGAGGCAGACCAGGACGUUAGGGAGGAGACAUACUUGCGUACGCAAUAGAUGCAGAUGAAACAAAUAAACUCGCAUGUGCUUCCGACACAAAAUGCUUGAUUACUAAAGUGCGGAUACACCAGGCUUCGAAUUUCUAGAGUCUCCUAACCGCCGAGAAUUUGUAUCGCUGCUGACGCCUACAUAGCACAUGAGAUAAAACGAUUAGUUAUUCGGUCCGACGCCUUGAUCAUGGGAGACUUUAAUACAUCACUUUUUGAUUAGUGUUUAAUUCAAGCAUUCCAUCUAGACCUAACUUUUUAUUGACGUUUACUAAACAUAACGCUCAAGUUAUCCCUUACUAAUCACGUCGUGUUUCUCAUGAGGGUACGUGAAAGGUAACAGUCACACUGUCUGGAUUUGAUGCACACGAAAUCGCUGGAUAUGACUGAUGAGGUGCGAUGCCCAUCUCUCCCAGGUCGGACCGACUUUAUCGUAUUUUUGUCUUCUGUGCCCGAACAACCCACCGAACUCGGAAGAAAUACUUUGCGUGGCAAAUUCUACCAAAUUAAAACGCAGAUGAAAAGCAGGAAAUUGGAAUCUGUUUUUGGGCAACAGAAUCGCGGAUUCCGGUUGUUUCAGUGAUUAUUGUACAGUCUUCUCGGAAAGUACUGUGCUAUUUCACGGAAGAGAUCGGACGGCAGACCCCAAUUUCUAAUAUAACAUUUAAAGAAAGAACAAAAUAAAAAGAGAAGGUUGUGGAAGACAUCUCUCCCAGAUGGAAGUCCUGUUUUCACAAAUGCAUACGAAGCGCGGAGAGACCUAAGCAGUUUACCUGUCACUGAGACGCCGCACGUUUCCGAACAAAAAUUGCUGAACCAGUUCGUAGAGCAUUUGAAAUUAUUCAAUGUUGCAUAAGAAGGAGGAGAAGAAAUCGAGACCCACCUCUCCCCUUGAAAAUGAUGAAGUUUAAUGAGGAGGAAGCAAAGACAGAGUAGUUUGCACAAUUUGUCGAUUCCAUCUUUACUCGUGAAAGUCAAUUUUUCAUCCCACUCCGACUUAAUGGGAGUCCCGAAGAUUGAAAAUGUUUCCUUUACUGAAACGACUGUUCGCGAACAACUGUCUAGGCGGACUGAGUCAAAAUCGCCUGAGUCAGAUGGCAUACCAUCCGUUAGAAAACUGUCCAAACUGCUGUGCAUACUCCUCCAAGACCCGUUCGAAGGAGGCUAUUUGACCGCCAACUGAAAAUCUGCGCGAACGAUGCAAAGUCCCUACAAACAUCUACAGCUCAAACAGCCCCAGUUUACACUGCUGCAUAACGUUUGAAAAAUUAGUAAGCGAGGGGCUAGUGAACCUUCUGGAGCAGCAUACUCUGCCAUACAGUGCCCAGAAUGGAUUAUGUAGAGGCAGAUCAUGCGUAACAAACCUGCUCUAGUGUUUGAAACUCUGGACCCGGGAAGCUGAUGGACUGAAUGCAGGGCAUGCAGUCUAUGUCGACUUUGAGAGCGGUCGAUAGUGUACGCCAUCAGCGAUUUCUGUACAAAUUUAGCCGCACAAACAUAAGGGGUAAUUUACUGACGUAAAUUCGAACCUUCAUGAUCGGAUGUUCUGAACUUUCCCAUGUCAGUAACAGGCAGUCAGCAGAGGUAGCGAUUAAAAGGGACGCACGUCAAGUCUCCUUUUUGGUUAUACCCUCUUCAUUACAUAUGGCAGCGGCUGCGUCUGGGAACUUGAUUAUGAUGUUCCCAUAUUUGCCGAUGACGCGGAGCCUUGUAACUUCAUCGAAAGUCUAUCUGACGAGGAGCGCUCUUAGGCAAACCUGAACCGCCACGAAAAAUAGACUGACUUUUGUAACACCCUGCGAGUCGCUGGGACCUGUUUCUGAAACUCCGGACUUUCCCACCUAAAUGGCCUGUUAUUACAGAAAAUAGACGCUCACAAGAACUGGGCCAUGUAGAUAACGUCUUUACUCAAACUGUCGCUGCCCUGCCCAAGGGUAGCUAAUUCCGAGAUUUCAACCCUGUAUCUUGUUGGGCGGGCUUUAUCGGUCUCCACUGAAGGCUUCUUGGCCAAAGUCUUUCAAACGUCUGUGAUAUCGUUAAAGAUCGCUAUGCAAUAGUGGAAACCCUGGGCCGUUAAAGACUUCAACCACCUCGAAAAGUUUAGAGGCAUACAAAAAAACUCGUAGGUGGACAGAGCUCGCUAACCUCUGAAACGCGGUUAUGAAAUCUUGACCUGUUUCCUCUGAAACACAGACAGCUAAUACACAACCCCAUAAGGAUAUUCCGCGUUGUGUUCUGCCAAAACUGACAUCUUGUACCUGGAGACUUUUUAUGAUUAGUACCCACACUGUACUUGCGAGGUCAUCCAUUCAAACUACUUGUGACUGACUCCAGGCUGGACAUGAAAAUCCUUCUCCAACAGGGCAGUAAUGCUUCGAAUACUCAAUCUGCAGAUAGCAUUAGGUCUACUUCAAAAGAAAGUUGACUCAGUAUGCCGUUAAACAUUUUAAUUCCAAGCGAACUAUCUCGCCUUGCCGCUCCGUGUUAACAAUUAAUUAUCUUUAAAUAUUAACGCCUAUACCUCAGUAGCAUUUGUUUUUUUUUAACUUUUAUUAUAUUCCCAAAUGCACUGCACUCCUACUGACAUCCCGUUAUCGUCAGUGGAUAACUAAAAGCACACUACCUACACUGUAACCCAAUUAUAUAUAUAUAUAUGUUGGCGGCUGCAUAAAGUACUUAAUUAACAGUGUUUAUAACAUAUGCAGUAAUUAAUUUAUGUGCUGCCCGCUAAUUCGACUGGAUUUACACAACUCUGGAACAUGGGAUGGAAAUGAAUUAAUGCAAUCUUUUUCACAGCUUAAACUACGACUAAGAUAUACUGCAGUUUUUUUUUCGAAAUAUGGUCUCAGUUUAAGUUCGUAAUAAGCACAUUAUAAUGUUUAAACUAGCUCCAUAUCAAUUGAUGCCAAUGCGCUGCUUGGAAAAUGGAUGGCCUGGAAAUGGAUGUGGUAGCAUGAGGGCCGAUUUUUUGGGGCAAUUACGAAACGAUUGGGCUCUCCAACUCAACACGAAGAGGUUUUUCAUAGAAAAAGUAAAAAAUUGCCAAACGGUAGACUACGAUAGGAAAAAAAUCGUUAAUUAACGAACGUUAAGUAAACUAGGCGGAAUGUUACUACCGACAAAGGCAAAGGAGACUGGAAUGAACAUUUCUGGCUUAUCAUCCGUCGUCAGCUAUUCUUACCUAACCCCCGGUGGUUAUAGGGGGUUGCACUUCUAACUAACAGGUCGCGAGAUCAAGCCUCAGGUGUUCCACACUUCGGGGUUGAGCAUGGCCGGUUGAGACGGCUUAUAAGCCAGCAAUGGUCAUUCCAGUCUCCCUUGUUUUGUCGAUAAUAAGAUUCUACCUAUAUCAUGCGCAGCUAUGCGGCCGCUGGUUGCGCUCGAGAGAGAGCACUAAGACAAAACGGGUUGGGUGAGUUCUGCCGAACGAUCGGUGUGCGUCCUUCCACUAUUAUAUGAUGAACUCUUAGAAUCUCAGACUUGACGUUGAUACGGGUUGUUGAGAAAUAGAUAUUAGCCAACAAAUGACGGUCCAUAUGUCUUAAAAUACUGACUAUCUAUGAGAUGGAAGGCGCUUUAUAUCAUUAGAAGUAUUUUUUCUUGUGAAACUAACGCAGAGACACAACCGGAGUUCGACCGUCGUUUUCAACAAUAGUAACCGUGUGUUGCGCAGCACGUUGAUUUUUUUAUAAUGCUAGUAAGCUUGCGCAGUAUAUACCGCACUUACUCCUCCCCUAAUCGGGACCGUGUUUAAUGAUGGAGUCAAGAAGACCGGUGAUGGAAUAGCAUGCAGGUUGUUAAUGUUGCAAAAACCCGUAUCUAGGCACGUACCACCACACUCCAUGAUCUACAACUGACCAGGAUUUUAUGCAACAAAAAAACAGAGGACGGCACAGGUCCAUGCUGGCGCGGUGUGUGCGCACGGUCACACCCUCAAUGUAAAUAAAUUUUAUGGGUGUGCCUUCCAGUGACGCCUGCAGGUCACACAUACACCACAGUUCGACCGUCGCGUCCGACGAUGUCCACCGUGUGCUCCACAGCAGGGUAAGAGCAGGGACGGUGACUUGCGCGGGGGUUACAUUGAGAGUAGACUUACGCUGCAUCUAGCACACUCGCUUCUCCUCCCCCACCAGGACUCGGUGUCAAGACAGAGUCAAGAAGACCGGAGACGGGGGUGGAUUGCACGAUCGAGCCCGCGCCUCGGAGUUCCACUCCACACCCCUUGGCCCACACAACAAAUAACCACACACGUAUACACACACACACACCUAAAAACGAUGUUAUCCAUGGGUUGGUAUACAAGCCUAGAUAAUCGGUCUUGGGAUUUGUUUGCAUUCCUGUUUCUGCACACCAGCACACAUUUAACUUUCUCUUGAAGGCAUUUCAGAAGCGCUUGCGCCCCUAUUCACUGGUUUCAUUCAAAAUGCCGGAAUGUUAUAGUUAACUUUUUUAAGACCAGAAUGCUUUUUUAGCAGUAGUGCCUGAUACAAGACAGGCAAUGGCGUAUUCAGUAAAAACCCAUGCAUGUUAUUUAAGAAAUUGCUCAUUACCAGCCAAGAUGGGAAUAGCAAAGACCCAAAUAAAACUAAGUUCACUCUCUUCUUUACGGCAGCGCUACACGAUCAGGACCCAAGCGACGUCUCUGCUGUGCCUCAGAGUACUACCUCCAUAAACUCAGCUGGAAAGCACCUCGCGGGGAGGUUAAGCAAUUUUCAGGCUACAUUGUUUAUGUAAGUGGCAAGGCUUCACGUGAAACGAGGGACACAGAAGCUACCUUCUCUGACCUCGCUCCGUCAACGCAGUACUUUUUCAGGAUACAUACAGUACGUUAUGGCUAUAUCUUCAUUCAACCGGGAGUUUUCGUCCAUGCAAGAACGUUCGACGAAGGUAAAUUGCAAUUUCGACUUAUAUGCACCUUCUUGUUCAUAGACCCACGAAAUCGCCGAUUGAUCAGAUUGGCUGUAUCAGAGACAGUGAUCCAGAUCUGUCAAAUGUCCCUUAUCAGUCUAAAAACUAGAAGCUCAGACAAUCCCAACGUAGAUGUAACGCUCCAUUCGCAGUAACCUACUGCCUAACAGACAAUUACUGGCCGUCGAGAAAAUUCGCCAUCAAAACCCAGCAAAAUAACAUGAUCAUUUUGAAUUAUAGACCACCGUAAGCCGGUUUUAUCAUGGCUACCCGCGUAGCUGAUAUCCCCAAUAUGUAAAAAUCAAUUUCAGAGUGUAUCUUAGAACCCUAAAUGAUAUGUGUGCACCUCCUUCGACAUGUAACAACGACUAAGGUUGGGAAACCGCAAACUCUCUUGGCAGUGGAGUCCAGUGAUGUCCCCCCUGGUCGUAGGUAGAGCCAGAACUGGCUGUCUAUGAUAAACAGACCAGCAAUCGCCAUCCCAAUGUCCCCCAUUUGUCCGAAAACUCUUGACAGGGAUACUAAAUAAACUAGAAAUUAACCUCCUAUUGACAGUGUCUUUUGGUAGGAAUCCUCCGUCACUCGUUUGUCCGGCAUAGGCAUUCCGUUUUGACUACAUAAUUGAAGACAUCUGGUACAGGUUUCAAGCUUUACGACAGUGGUAAGAUUCAUUUCUUUGGCCUUACUACGCAUUUAUCAGCAUGGUGCAUGUGUAUUAAGUUACUGAAAGUAAAGCAUUUUUAUAUAGGUUUACACAUCUUUGAUGUCCAAGUCAUCCAGAAUGCAUAUAUGAAAAUUAAAAAAUAUUCCCAUCGGUCUCAUACAGUCAGAUAUAAAUGUCUAGGCAAGAUGGCGCCGACAAAGUCAUAGGAGACCGGAAUGCGCCUUUCUGACUCAUCCGUCGUUACCAGCCAGGCACGCUCAAACUCAGCUUUGCUUCGCCUGUGAUUCUAGUCCGAGAUAUUUGGUCGUUAAAUAUGACAUCCCUCAUCUGCGAUAGCUCAUCCACAAACAUCAUUAUUCACUAUGUGACUGCCUGUGAGGGACAAUAUUUAAACCGCCAGACACAAAAGGAAUGGUGCGUUCUAUAACCUCAUCGGCGAGCAAGCACGUGUUUCAUUGAGAUUCUGCCGCUGUGCGACACUGCUGCCAGGGGUUCGGCUACUCAGUAGAUCCCCUGCGUUUCCUGUGCAGUUUCUGCUAUAUGCACUCCAGAGAAGAAUCAAGCAAGUAAUUUCAGAAAUUAUUCAGUGUAGGACAUGGAGUUAAGUCUCCGGGAUAUGACUUUAUACGGUCAGACCGGCAAUUUCAAUGAACACUCGAUUCGAAGCAAUCUACAGCUGUGAAACGAUCAUGUAGUGUCCAUUCCACAAACAAGUUAUACUUCGAGUGGUAUGGAACCUAUAUGGCAAACUAUUAUGCCGUAUUAUACCGCAUGCAUAUUAUGAUGAUAUGGUUGCGGGUCAUUUUCCUCCCAUUGUACCCUGGGGCUUGAUCUAGAGCCCUCACAGACAGUCGCACAACGGCUACCAGAUAUAUACUGACAGAGGAGUACUGACAAGGACAAAGGAAACCGGGAUGGCCAUUUCUGGCCUAGUGGCCGUCAUCAGCCAGCCAUACCCGAUCCCAUGUGUAAACGAUCUGGGAUUCAACCCCGGGAUCUGGAGUCAAUGGUUUAAACGCUCUACCAAUGAGCCAUGAGCUCAUUGUCCUGUAGUGUUUUAUAUUGGCCUCGAAGACACAACGAAACGGUCAUAUUUCGUAAACUGAUCAGUAGCACCAAUUUAUCAAGAUCUAGCCCGUUACUCACUGGUAGAACUUUCGACUCAAUGAUCAAAGAUCCACGGCCCGAAUCCCAGGUGGUUUACACUUGAGAUUAACCAUGACUGGCUGAUGACGGCUAACGAGCCAGAAAUGGUCACUCUGAUCUCCACUGUAUUUGUUUGUACUCCAUUAUCAGCAUAUUAAUAUUUGAAAAUGAGUCCUUGCGAUCGGUUUAGCACAGGGUAGCUAGGCAGAAAACGAUGCACGCAAUAGUCAUACGGGUAUAUGCACCUUAUGCAAAUACGCACAUAAUCUCAAAGGGACUUUCAGAAGUAAUAAUUGUCAAAGUGUAGGUUAGGUAAUUUUUGCAUAAAUUAUUGCCAUUAGAUCAGAACUUCAAAACAGUUCCAAAGAAAUUAUUCUUUUAAAACAGAGCUUUCGUAUAUCUAUUUCACGAGACUUUUAUGGUCUUCCGUCGAUCUAACAAAUGUGCCUGGCAGGCGGCAUAAUCAGAAGAUAUGUCAGUUACGUCCUGACACUGUCCUUGAAGUAAGCGUUUUUUGAGGCGGUUUCCAAUAGUCAUGCUCGCCAAAAAAGGAUGGCAUAUGCAGCGUUAAUUUCUCCACAAGUUUGGGAUGUCACUGCUAAUUUAAAGACAUUUCAGGGAAGAUCUCUACAAGCGAUUUCCGUACGCCUUCAUUUUUAUUCGCAAAAGUAACGUCUUUCAGUUUUAAAAACGUUUUGCAAGAUUUUUGAAUGAUUCAAACCAGGCUUAUCGUCGCACUUUCGAUUAAGAUUCCAAAUCUGUGACCUAAGCACGUUCAAUAAAAGGAAAAUUGUAUGUCUUUCUAUGCAACAUUUUUCGAUUGAUACGAAACAUGUUUCAUGCUACACUGGGAACAGCUACCCUGUUCUCUAAGCAGACAUUCCACCUUUUUCAGUUUCCUCCUGGUAUAAGAUAUUUUAAAACAAAGGUCGCCUUUUCUCGAGCUGAAAGUUUAGAAUUAAUGUGUUUUGGUAAAAUGUGGAUGUAAAAAAUGGAUAUUUUGUGCAUUUCGUUCAGAAAACGUAUUUGGAAAUAUAAGGAUAUCAAAAAACCGUUCUACCUAUGCACACUAAAUAACUAGACAUUUUAAGCGGGCGUAGGUUUUGCAGGUGGCCGGGAAGUUAUGGAUUUAAAAGUUGACAUCCUGCAGUGGCAUACAUUUCUUGGGACUAUGCUGCAUAAUAGUAAAAUUUAAAAUGUUGCUUAAGCAAUACUUUCUAAACAAAAUCGCAAUGCAGAGGGCAAAUUAACGUUUCAUGGAAUGCGCAAUUACUACUUUCAUAUUGACAGUAAAGAUACAGUACAGAACUGGUAGCGUAUUUUCUGUAAAUCUAAUUGCCAUAAACGAUCUACGUAUGUCUUACCCAUAGCCGAUCGAAACCCAAGUGAAGCUACUGCAACAGCUCUGAGUUCUACCAGUAUACGCUUGUCCUGGAACGCACCCAAAAAUGCAGCUUACCUGCGUGUAAAAUAUGAAAUAAGCUGGAAACCGGGUGACGGUCCUUCGCUAAAAACAGAAUCAAGGGAAAUCAUCAUUUCGCAACUUGCUCCCAAUACCACUUACGAAUUCCAAGUGCACUCAAUGGACGCCUUUGAAACUGCGCUUAUGCCCGGCGUUUCAGCAACAGCAACAACAAUGGCUAAAGGUAACUUGUACAAACCAUUCCUAUGAUUCAGAAAACAUUGUGGGUAAAAGUAGGCAUUGGCUUGGGCUCGUUUUGACUUGCUCAAAAUUUUGUGACAGUUCAACAGCCACACGUAAUGACGUCCUCCUCCUACCCAACAUGUUGUGCGCAACACCGGAAAUUUGCGCUCAAAUCAAUUUACAGUGACAGCAAACUUGCACAGCAAAUACCGCAUUUCCUCCUUCCUCAACUCCCUGGCUCCGUUGUCAAGACAGUGCCGAGACGACCGGGAGGAGAAGAAGACUAAUGCGCAGUGUCUUACAAAGUUGAAAUACCCAUCUUCACGUGUCACGUACAUGCGCAACCUGGCUCUCCUGGCAUCUAUCACACUGCAUCAAAUGCAAUGCGUCCUAGAUAAGUGAGAGUGUAAGCAAUGGCAUUUAACGUCUCGCCCGCCAAUAUGACGAUGUCUAAGUGGGUCGUAUGCUUGCUGCAGUAGACGGACAUGGUGUUUUAUGGGUGGCGUGUUUGUGCGUGUUGUGGUGCGUGCUCAUGCAUAGCCUAGAUAGAUUUGUGUGGCUAGAUUGGACGAGGUGUGCUAGUGGGGUAUGGAAUGCGGUUUGUCACCUAGAGUGUUCAUGAAGGCGCACAUGCUCGAAUGUUUUGGGGCACUGCGAGCAGGUUGGACAGGAGCGGCGCUGCAUGCCCUGGCUCCUGGGACUCUAUUUCAUAGUCCUGAUGCAAUCCAUUGGCCAGGGAUAUGAGGGUACAAUCACCAUGGCAACUUGCUGGAACCUAGCUCAUAUUGCUGAUGAUAGGGUCAGUGGUUUAGGUGUUUUGCUGAAUGAUACGAGCAUACUCACUGUUGAUGUAAGAGGCAGUUAUGUUGGCCGUGUAUUGUGAUGUGAAGAACACGUCAGUCUUAUCGCCAUUAUAAUGGAUCCAGAGAUGUCUAACGAAGUCACUCCGUACCUGUGAUGUCCGUUGUCAUAGUGAAAAGGAAUGCAGCAGUUGGGUGUUUACGCCAGCUGCCCGUAACACUUGAAUCAUGGAGAUCUCGUGUUUGUUUGGGUAGCGACUACUCGUAUGUCUUUAAACAUGGCUGCUUUAAUUUUUAUGUUUGACGGUCAUGCCUGUCAGUCAGAGAUGAAGUUCUCUCGGGCACCUAGAUGGAUUUUCAGAUACCCAAGUAAGGUUCUCAAGAUGUUCUUUUAGUGACGGUUUCGUCCUCAUUCUAUCCGACUACCGGAGCCAUGUCAGCCGUGGAUGGUCGCACGGACAUGCCAGUAUUACUAUCAAGUAAAAGUCCUUAUCAUUUGCAUUUAAUCUUUUAGAUCAUACAGCAUAAUAUUUUCGCUUUCCUGUAUUUCUCCCAGAUCUCGAGGGUUGGCCUUUCUGGCUGAAUGCGUCUUCUAUUACUCUUGUUAUCUUAGUAAGUUUAUAAUUCCUCCGAGAAUAAUUAACUAAAGGAAUGCGUACUGAAGAUUCUUCAAUAUUUUAAGUAUGCCAGGACGGUUUACCCGUGCCGAUACGCACAUUCCCGUUCUACUUCGCACGGAAAACACCCCUCAGUUUCCACUUAACUACAAUAUACAUUUAUAAAUGGAUUGCAAUCAGAAUGAGUGACCUCCUAAUUAGAGACGAUUUAAGUAUCAGACACUAAGGCCUAGGCAUCACUUCGGGAAAAUUGUUGCCUCUAGCUGAGCCUUAUGAAAGUUAAUGAUAUCUUCGCGGCCCUCGGAGCUUUAUUUUGUUCAUCUUCAAUUUCAGAAAUAUUCUUAUGAAAUGCCAUCUCGACUAGCAUUUUGUACAAAAGUUUGGCAGAUUGCACUUGUUGACAGUAAAGCUGUUAUUCAUUACUUCGGAACACAAAGACCAGAACAUAUCCACGUUUUGGGCAUAGCAACAGUUUUACUUCAUCCUUAAGACGUUCAGUAACAACGCAUUAAUUCAUCUCAUAGUAAUAACGACUUGUACUAAUGCGAUUGUCAAUGCCUUUCACAAGACUGAACUGAAUAGAUAGGGACGCCGCAGCAUAUUCCAUUUCGAGAAAACGCAGCUUCAGUUCUCCUGUAUUUGUAACGAUAGAGUGGAAGCAUUUUAUCCCGCACUUUUGUCAAAAGAUUUUCUCUAUAUAUUUUGCCAGCCCAAACGAGUCACAUAAAUAACGUUUUACCUUUUAUUCUCUACUUCACUAGCCCGAACUAAAAACGAAAACACGCCAAUUAGGCAGUUUAUUCUUGUCAAGCAUCAUUAAAGUGGAGAUAGAAUAUAGUGCUGAUGAAAGAUCGACUGUCGAUCUAGACAACAUCUACCGUUGCCUUAUGUGGUGGGCCCUAGGAAUGGAGAUAGCGCGUUCCUUCAUGACAAGCUUCAGCCAUCACGGCGUGUGCCGAAAAAGUAGAGAACACCCGUUCCGUUGUUGACGUAGCUGGUAGUGGAUGACAUACUCCUAUCGAAGAGCGGAUUGCAGAUAAUUUUCACUGUUAUCGUCUAACCACUUCUGAUGCCGACGACGUGCGCUGCGCAGAGCUGCCAGAAUGGUUGAUUGAAUGGCGAAACGCACUUCCCCUCGUUCUGACUCAACAUUAUCAGUCUCAUCCAAAGUUAACCUUUGUUGUAGACUCCGAUGCAUGCGAUAGAUCCAAGUUAAUAGAAAUUCAGCGGUAUUGCGUGAGUUACUAAAACUACUGAUGCAGCCUAGAUGAUUGAAAACUUCUCGUUGGUCGGUUACGAUGACGGAAAGUGCGUACGAAUUUAUCACAUUCACUUAUGUCAAACGCAAGUUGGGUUUCUGAACAAUUAAAUGCAUGUUGUUCGGCGUCCGAAAAUUUUUGGACUAAGGGUAGUUUUACUUCAUGUUUUCUGUCUUCCAGUGGGUACUUUUCAAGUUCACUUGACCAAUUUGGUCUAUUUGACAUCGACAUUUUCCAUGCAGGUAGCAGAUCACUCCUGUUCAGCAACAAAUAAUAAUAAUAGUACUUCCGACGCGGAAUUAGCUCAGACUGCAUGCGGAGGAGUUACCUUGCGAAAAUAUAGAAAAUACACAAUGAUGCAUGAAGUUACGAAGGCGCACUUUGGUCUGUAGUUACUUAUCCUCACAUUUAACAAUACAGCAGUAAAAUGUAUAGAUAAUUAACGCGGUACCAACAAAGACGAGGGGGACUGAAAAGACCAUUUCUGGCUUAUUUUCCGUCAUCAGUCGUUUACUUAAGUGCUUGUAGGUUAAAACGUGUCCCGUUUUAUUCAUAGAAAGUAUAAGUGCCAGCCACUGAAGUCAGAACGUAAAUUCGGAUGGUUUAUUGACGGAAGUUAAUUAUGCUUAUGGUGUUAUCUGUGCUGACCUUGUUUUGUUCUGCGUUUUCGCAGUUCUUCUUUGGCAAAACAAUUUUGCAUACUACCACGGAUCGGCCACUAACGACUGGUCGUUGCCACGUUGGUCACCAACAAUACUGGUGCGGUUGUCACUGAGUUUCACACAGGUGAACUGCGUAGAGCAGAACGGCUGGCGGCACAUUCCGUUUAAAUGAACCGAGGUUGAAUUCCGCUGUGUUUUGUAUGCCCUAACGAAAGGCGCGGAGUUUUACUUACUUUAUUUUAGCCUUAGACCUUUCUCUGCACUUAAAGGUCACAACAGAGUACGCCGUGAGCAAAGAUUUUAGCAACGGUAGGGUGUAGGACCGCAACCAGCUUAUAUUAGCCUGUGGACUGUGUCAUACGUUGAAUGGCGACAGAGGGAGUUUUACGGGUGGGGCAACACACAGGACGGAGAGCAGGAAGACACAGAUAAUAAAUAAAUUUCUGCCAGAAGUCUAAUGGUACGCUGUCAUUUUGGACAGAGUUUGAGCGCUAUAAUUAAAAAAUAAAAAAGCUACCUUCGAAAAUAAUGACUUUGAAUAAAGCGUCGCUGGUAAGUUUGCGCUUAGUCAGAAAGGGAAUAAAAUUCAAUCUACGUGAACGGUGAAUAAUAGGUGGUGUUUACGUUCACAUCGAAUUGUGGUGUAUAUUUCGGAGUUGCCAGCUAGAUGAUGUCCAACACUCUUACUUUACCAGGGCCUUAUCUUUGAGUACUGAUUGUGUCUGCUAGAAGUAAUGCGCUAGCCUAUCAGGCAGACCGUCGAUUCAAGCCAAGCAAAUGGUGGCGGACGAUAUCGUCGAUGGCAGAUGGCGUCCAGCGCAGCCAAAAAUUUCCUUUGUUCUUCGCUAAAAAUUCGUUCGAUAAAUAGAACCCAAUCGGUUUAUUAGUACCCUGUGGUAAAGUAAUACCUGCCAUUACAAUCACGAUGAGAGAUAGCUUUGCACUGAAGGGAGAAAAUCAUGGAAAAUGAAGACGAAAACAUUUUUGUGCUUAUGCGUUUGGGGUAAGUCGAUGGACACAAAUGGGAUUGCAAGGACAUUCAUGGACGUGUUAGUGACCACAUAAUUUCUGACUUCAUUUAAUUCCUACUCCAUGUCCUCCCUAGCAUUUCGUGAAUGCGCCUAAAGUACGCUUAACCAUUGAAUUCUUUUUAAAAUCAACAUUUUCGUACGUAAACAGUUUGCCGCUCAAGUCGGAGAGCGGGUACUAUUAGUAUUCCAUGCACGGAACUAGAUCAGACUGUCUGCGUAAAGGUUAACUUAUGAAAUAUUAUACACUCAUCCUUAAUAAUAGGUUUUUUCCCCGAAAGAUGAAGUUAAGAAUAUUCACCGAAUUUUAUAGUAAACAUUCACUUGUUGUUUCUUUGCAGACACCGAUCAUACUUGUGGUGGUCUACUUUGUGUUCUCAUACAAAAACCCGAGUUGGAGCUUGCUGAGUAACGAGAAGCCCCGAAUAAAUACGGAAGAGCAGCCCGUUUUCGGCUAA